AGCGCCGGGCCGGUGGCGGCCAUGCUGCUCUUCUGCCCGGGCUGCGGGAACGGGCUGAUCGUCGAGGAGGGGCAGCGCUGCCACCGCUUCGCCUGCAACACCUGCCCCUACGUGCACAACGUCACGCGCAAGGUAACAAAUCGGAAGUAUCCAAAGCUGAAAGAAGUGGAUGAUGUGCUUGGUGGAGCAGCUGCCUGGGAGAAUGUUGACUCUACUGCAGAGCCGUGUCCCAAGUGUGAACACCCUCGAGCCUACUUCAUGCAGCUUCAGACCCGCUCUGCAGACGAGCCCAUGACCACCUUCUACAAGUGCUGCAAUGCUCAGUGUGGACACCGCUGGCGGGACUGAGGCCAGGAUGGCCCAGCUGCGUCAGCGUCUGCGUGCUUUACUGCCCAGGGUGUAUUCCCAGCUGCGAGUGUGAACCGUGUGUCCUGAGGGUCUUGGCUGGUGUGGUGGAAAGCUGACCCUUUAAGGGUGGCUGCCCAGGGGGUCAGGAAGUAUAGCCCGCCUCCCAGUCAGCAGAUUAACUCCUUGGUGUACAGGAUGUCCAAAUUCUGCCCAUGCUGUGUGUGGACAGGAGUAUCCAUAACUGAGUGUCUCCUGUUUAAGGUCCUGUUCUUCCUCUUUUAUGUUUGUUGGGCAAUUGAUAUUCUCCUACCAUCAGCCAACACUCUUUAAUAUUUACAUUGUUUGUACAACUAAUGAAGUAAAUCUUAUUAGUUUA